AUGGAAGCUGCCGACAUGCUAAAGAAUAGGAAAGCAGCAUGGACAGUGGCUAUCGUUGUUUCUAUAUUUUUCAUGACAUUUUUCCCAAACGUGGUGUUCUCGGCCAUAGACGUAAGUACGAGAGAUUCCUGCGAGAAGGUGCUAGUUUACCGACAUUGGUUAUGGGGAAUUCUACUUGCUUUUAGUAGCUCGGCUUGGAAUCCUUUCGUAUAUGCUGCCAGAAUCAGAGAAUUGAGAUGCGAACUAAAGCGCUUGUUCAAGCUAUCUCAAAAUUUUAGGUAACUACUCUGUCUUCUUCCUCAGUUUUUUAUCUCGCUCAGCAAACGACAUGAGUACAAUCAAGAGCCAUAAUGGGACUGGUACAAUCUUAAACGAAAGAAUCAUGAAUAAAACAUUAAACAGAAUUUUGCAAGUGCGCUUUUCCAAAUUAUUAUUUUAGUUUUGUAAAGGUUUUCUCGCCAUUUUUCUCACGAGCCCGGAAUUCAAGGCUUUUGAAAAUAAAAUAACCAGUGAUCUAAUUUUGGUGUAAUAAAACAUACUGUUAAACUUUAUUUAAGCGAUACGUUAAUUUGUUUAUAUUUGAGAACACCAAAUCGCAUUCUUAAAUAAAAUAUAGAGUUCCCCAGGAAGUCAAAAGUUAUUGGUUUUUUUUAUGAAAAAUAAAUAAAGCCACAUUAUAUGUGCCUAUUAAAAGAGAUUUCUUAAGACAUAGAACGGUAAAAACGAGCGAUAAAAUCCGACGUUUCGGAGUAGUCAUGACUCCAUUAAAAUGUAAUGUUUGGCAAUGGCGGAGGACUGUUGUUUAUGUCCUUUUACACGAUUGUGUAAAUGUCCGCGUGUGUAACGUACAUACCCUGCAUCACACAGGUCACAUUGGAAGUUAUAAAGUACACACUUUAGAUAUACUCUUUUCUUUAUUGGGAAAUUUUAAGGCACGUUAAGUCUUUUCUUUGAAAUUGGCAGCAGUCUCACGUUACUAGUUACUAGUUCCGUUACCUUGACAGGCCGGACUGAUUGUUGUUACUGUCGGCUUAAGACAUCUGUAUAAAGUUGAUUUACGUCGCAUAUAUAAUGCAAAAAUUAUACGCUUUUUCUUUGCAACAUCAACAUCGUAUUGGUAUAAUUGUCUCUGCCACUCUGACUAGUAACUCGCGCGGAUAGGAGGGAGAGUACUUACAGUUGAAAUAUACCGUCAGUAUGCCAGAAAAAAUCUCGAUUUGCUUGAACAGGGUCCGCGAGGAAUCGGUAUAGGUAAUGAUGACGUUUCUAUUGUUUGCACUCGCAAGUACGAAAUGGUUAGAUGACGUAAAGACAGAAAAUCCCAAAGGGACCGCUUAGGUAGAUUUGGUGACAUUUAUUGUGCGGUGAUACUUCGAUACUCUUUUCGGUCAAGCGUUUGUGGAGCAGUUGUUUUGAAAGUUAUGGACCAUAAGACACUCGUUAAGCGCAGAUGAAGUUAUAAGGUGCGUAUAAAUGUGUAUAUAUAAACACUUGGAGAGUUUGCCAGACACGAGUUCACAAAUCUUUGAUUGGAAGCCUUGCCAGACACUCCUUCUCUUGCUAAGAAAAUAGACACACCGUUAAACCAGGAUUCAAAAAAAAAAAAAAAAUAAAGGAAACCUUUCUCUGUGCUUCUUUUUUUUUUUUAGGCAAAUAAAUCUCUUUACAUAAUCCAGGACAGAUUUCGUGAAAAGUUAAUGUUUUCUAAAGCGAGGUUAAGGGACAGUCACCUCUUAGACCUCCCAUUACAGCUAUUGUGCUUCACGCAAAUCUUAUGAAAACAACAAAAAAAGUCAGUCCCAGUUGAAGUGUCGUUUUGCUAAAUGCGCAUUCACUAUAAAUCGAUUCUUCAUAACAAUCUGAAUACACCGCCACUUCUUAGUGAAAGUAUUCCUCCGCUAACAAUUUUUGAUUUAGAUAACUAUACCUGCGGAGGUAACAAUACUUCAAAUUGUCUUAACAUUUGUCUGACGAGCUUCAAGGAACUUAAACUGACGUCAUGGCUUGAGUAUGGAUGUUGAACAUGGGACCCGCACAUUCAGUGUUGAGGGUGUGCAGACACGAGUGGCACGUUUUGUUACAAAUGAAUAUAGCACCACUCCCGGAACUGUCACGAAAAUUCUGAAUAAUUUGAAAUGGCUAACACUCGAGAAAAGAAGGAAAGUGGCACGAUUUACAACAUUGUUUAAAGUAGUUUCUGGUCUAUCAGCUACACAAUUUCCACCAUAUAUAUUAUUUAAAAGGCGACAGGGCACUAGGCAAUUCCACCUUAAGAAAUUCAUUCAAGUUGGUGCUAAAACAAACAAAUACCAACACAGUUUUAUUGCACGUACAAUCAGAGGCUGGAACUCCUUACCAAGUAGUGUCAUUGAAAAGCAGUCAGUAGAGGCCUUCAAAAAGGCCGUCGUGUGCUAUCUUUAAAACGCUGACCACCAGGAGUUUUUUUUUUUUAACUUAAUAUUGGCACCAUAAAUGUAUUUUUAACAUAAGCACAUGCACAUCUGCACAUCUGCCGUGAUGGGAUAUACCAUUUGCAGAUUAUACGAUUAGAGUUAGGUUAGAGUUACAUGCUAACAUAUGGCACACUUCAACUGUUUGUUUAGAAAAUAGACACACCUUAACCAGGAUUCAAAGGUAAAUCAAAACGUGGAAACCUUCUUCGGGUUAUCUUUUUGUUUAGGUGCAUUAGAAGCCCUUUAAAUAAUCGAGGUCAGAUUAUGAAAGAUAACAUUACCUUCUCUUGGUAUCUAUGCGCUGAAGAGAGUUUAAGGGCCUUUCACCUCUAAAGCUUUCUACGAAAAUCCUCCUAAAGAAAAUAAUCGGUCUCCAAUGUUCUUUUUUUUCUUAGUGUUUUUCUAUUUAGGUUUUUGUUUAAUUACUAUAGAGCACAGCUGAGA